AUGGCAGAAAACAAGAUUUCGAAAAAGAAGCUCAAGGCGCUUCAGUUCCGUUCGGAAAAAUUCCAUAAAAAGUCGGCCAAGCUUGAGGCCGCAGAGGCUGCCGUCGCUGCUGCUAAAAAGGAGAAAUCACAAGUGAAAGCCUCUAAGCAAGCUGACAUUAGUGCAGAAAAACCACCUUCCAAAACUGCCCAAAAAAUUGCUGCUGGUGGCUCGGAUGCUGACUCGAAACAAACUCCCAGCUCUAAGAAAACGAAAAAACGUCGUCGGAAGGGCGCAAACGAAGGCGCUGCGCCGGAGAACAAGGUAAUUUUGUUUGUUGGUAACUUGCCCAAGGACUCUACCGUGGAGACACUCCAACUCCACUUCAAACCCUGCGGCCAAAUCCCCCGUGUUCGUAUUCCGACGGAGAAGGGAACAGGAAAAAUGCGUGGAUUCGCCUUUGUUGAGUUCCUGAACCCCGGACCGAACGUUGUUUCAAAGGCCCUGAAGUUUCAUCACACCGUGUAUAAGGACAAGAAAAUUAACAUUGAACUGACUGCCGGUGGAGGUGGUAAGGCCGCCAACCGGAUGCAAAAAAUUCGCGAGAAGAAUGCAAAGUACAAGGAGGAGAUGCGUGAGCGUGUUGCUCGCGAGGAAAAGGUUGCUCAAGGAAAGCAGGACGAACGCCAUAAGGUCAAGGCUGAGGAUGCCGUGGGCGUUCAUCCUGAUCGUCUCAAGCUUCUUGGUUAGUGCAUCGGGCUGUCAGCGAGAGUGGACGGUCGGUGCGGAAGACGGAGAAGGGUUCUAUGCACAAUCAUUCCAUCCUUUUUCCCGCAGUCAUCUCUUCUUCCCUCUCCAUGGUCUUCUCCCUGCGGGGCCCUCCUGUCUCUCUCCGUCUGUCCUCCUUCCCUAGACACAUUCUCCUCCCCUCCCUGUCUUGCUCCUUCCUCUGCCCCCACUAGGACACCCCACUUGUUUACCGAGUCAUCGUUCGCCCGCGUUUUUGUGUGACUGUUUUUUUCCCUUAUCCAAAUUUUUUGAAGCACCUUCGUUUCCUCUGCCAACA